UGGAUUUCCACCUCCGUAUUCGACGCUCAACUUCUCCAGCUCAAUCCCUCGGCACAUUCCUGAAGGUUCAGCACCAAUGGGGCCGUGAACAUGCCAUUGUCGAUGCCCCCAUCUUGUUCUACAUCUGUUCAUCAGCCCGCACACCAGCGUCCGCGCGCCCUCAUACCACGAGUCGUGCAUCUGGCUAGCUCCCGGAACUAGGCGCGACUGGUUGUGUCUAUUCGCCGCCCCGCGACGACUGAUGCCCCUUUCGCCAUGGACGAGACACCGAAACGCACAACUGGGCUUCCACGGCCGUCGAAGCUUCCCCAGGCGAGGCCAACUUCAAGCAUUCCGAAACCCACCUCCACGAUCCCUCGCCCCAGCUCUGUCAUCCGACCUUCGCCGUCCAGAGAUAGCUUGAUAGGGCCAAGAGAUAUAUCGAGCGAUGCGAAUACGGGGCUGAGAACCCCGAGACUGCGAAAUUCUAUCUCAAGGGAUCAAUUGCGUUCUGGGACUGGCACCGGGACCGGUCUUGGACAAGGGGCUACACCUAGGUUGCGAGCUUCGGUAUCGCGCGAUCAGUUGUCGCAAACUCGGCCCUCUAGGCUCUCUCUUGCCAAGCCUCUGCAAUCUACGACAGGCAGCUACAAUGGCGGCAGAAGUAGUGCCACCCCUCUGUCUCGUCGCACGAGCCUGGCCCAGAUGGACACGCUCGCCAAGGAGCAGGCGGAGAGCAAGCCGGCGGAAACAGACGGAGUGCUGUUCCGGCGGCGCCUGACAUUGACACGGCGGCCUUCAGAAUCGUUUUCGGAAUCGCCGUUGUCUGGACUGAACGAAGACGCCGUUGAAGUCGAGGAUAGCGUGUCUGAAUUUCCGACAGUAUCAACGCCUUUCAAGCCCAGACAAUCCCUCUCUGAGCGAACGAUGGAAACAUUGGCCAACAUUCCUUCUUCUCCAGCUUUGAGCAAGAAAUCAUCUUCCUUUUUCGAUCGAAAUCGGUCGCGCUCCAGGGCAGGUAGUACCACAUCGAGGCCCGGGUCGAGCUACAACUCAGACGGGUCCAACCGACCGCCGAGCGCUGCCAGUCGGCCUGGGUCACGACUUGGAUACCAGCAAGAGCCCAACUUCCGAGGGUCGACCUCAACGUACCACGCAUCGCUCUCCACCAUUGAUGGCACGCCACGGGCGAGGUCUUCAGGUCUGCAAGCACCCAAAACGCCCGCACUGCGCAAGACUACGUCAAGAGCCUCCUUGGGAUCAACGUCAAAGCUGCCUCAGUCAGGCGCGGCGACAACCACCAACUCUACGCCUACCACCGCCAGGAAGACUUAUGGCAUGCUGCCCCCCAAGACAGGUGCCAAGACCGUGGCCAGUCGUCCCUUGAAACCCAAGGUAUCUGCAGGCUCCCUAUAUAGAAAGCCUUCUUUACCGGCCAUUGAUCUGGGAGCGGCGAACAGCGAAGUCAAACCCGAUGAGAGCGAGAAGGCGAGCUCGGCUCGCAAGUCAUCAGCUGCAUUGAGAGAUCAGAUUGCGAAAGCAAAGGCUGCGAAACGGGAGGCUAUGAAGCAGUCUACCUCGGCGCAGGUUCCAGAUACUCAGACGGAAGAACCAAUUGUUCCCAGCGACGAUGGGUUCGACUUUGGUGUCGCACACGAAGACCCCUUCAAUCUGAAGAAGGGCGAGACCGCGUCUCAGAGGGUCUUGCAACAAAGAAUCGGCGCCGCAAGGAGUACAGGCCGUUUAAACAUCGCCGCAUUAAGUCUAAAGGAGAUUCCGGUGGAGGUGAUGAAAAUGUACGACCUGGAAAGUGUUGGCGCCAGCAACGGUAACUGGGCUGAAAGUGUUGAUCUGACACGCUUCGUGGCGGCGGACAAUGAGUUUGAGAAGCUUGACGAUUUCAUCUUCCCCGACUCAGACCCCAGCAGCUUCGCCAACGAGGAGGAUAGUGCAGGAAGUAUGUUUGGAGGGCUUGAAACAAUGGACCUCCAUGGCAACCUCUUGGUCAAUGUUCCCCUCGGUUUCAGGCGACUGGCAAAUCUCACAUCACUGAACUUGUCUUCUAAUCGCCUGCAAAACAAUUGCCUCGACACGAUUGCUCAAAUGACAUCCCUGAGAGAUCUCAAACUGGCCAAGAACCUGUUCUACGGGCCGUUGGCGCCCGAAUUAAGCAAUCUCACCUCUUUGGAGAUACUGGACAUACACGGUAACAACGUGUCUGCGCUGCCUCGAGGCGUCGAGAACAUGACCCGACUGCGAAUAUUGAACCUGAGCGGAAACAGCUUCGAGUCCCUCUCGUUCAGUCAGCUGGCCCAGUUACCGUUGACCGAACUUCUCCUGCGGAAGAACAAGCUCGCGGGCGCCCUCAUUGAGGAUCCUGUGGACAGCCUACCCCAGCUCCAGACACUAGAUGCAUCCGUGAACCAGCUGACCAGGCUGGUACCCCUGGGUGCCGCGAUCGAUCUACCGGUAUUGCACGCGCUGUCCUUGUCCGCCAACCGACUGCAAGGCCUGCCAGACAUGACCACAUGGACAAAUUUGCUCACGUUGACGGUCGAUGAGAACAGCAUUUCGGGGAUACCCAAUAGCUUCACAACGCUCGAAAAGCUUCGACAUGCUGAUUUCUCUGGUAACGACAUCCGGGUCAUACCGCCUGAGAUUGCUCGCAUGGACAACUUGACCAUGAUCCGGCUCAGUGGCAACCCUCUGCGGGACAAGAAGUUCGUGUCACUCGCCACGGAUGAGCUCAAGGAUGCUUUGGCAGCUCGGCUGGAACCGCCGCCCCCAUACCCCCACCAAGAGGCGGACUCUGAUGUUCCUCCUGGCGUGCCUGGCUUCCUGGCCGACGCAAAGGCCGAGAUGCGGGCCCAGGAGAGGUUGGAACAGCGAAAUGCAAGAUACGAUGACGAGGACGAGGACAGCGUCGACGAUAACUUUGCUACGCCUCCGACUUCAGCGCCUCACUCUCCGGUGCGGUCCCGGUCGCAGACGGUGUCGAGCCUACGCUCACGCUCACGUACGCUGUCCAAGGAAGUCUGGCCUGUCAAGUCGGGGGGCGUCCUCGAUCGGUCCAGGACGGACUCGUCAUCGCUCCAACCAGUUGUCUGCUCCAAGGUUGCGGCCGAGCACCGGAUCAAACAAGUCAUGCUGCACCACAACCUCUUUACGUCCUUUCCCGACUCUUUGAGCUUCUUUGCCGAAACCCUGUCGAUUCUGUCUCUCUCAAACAACCAGUUUGUUGGAGAGACCUACCUAACGGAGGACAUAGACUUUCCUGCGCUGAGGGAGUUGAACCUGGCCUCGAAUCGCAUCACUGGGCUCGAGCCGUUGGUGGGACACCUGCGCGCACCUCAACUGGAGAAGCUGGAUGUCUGUCUAAACAGAGUCAAUGGGCUACCAAAGACACUGACCGAAGCCUUCCCUUUGUUGAAAAUACUCCUGGCUGCCAACAAUCAGAUCACUGAUCUGGAGCCGGAGACAAUCAAGGGGCUCAGGAUUGUCGAUGUUUCCAGCAAUGACAUCUCACGACUCAACCCUCGCCUUGGCCUCCUCGGGGGCUCUGGGGGUCUGGAGAAGCUCGAUGUCAUGGGCAAUCGGUUCAAAGUCCCUCGAUGGAAUGUGCUCGAGCGAGGCACCGAGUCGACCCUGAGGUGGCUUCGCGGCCGCGUCCCUCUCGCGGAGAAGGCUGAAUGGAAGGGCGACAAUGGCGACGAAGCUUCGAGCGACGUCGAAUAAGCUUCAGUCUACUGUUCAGCGGCGUUUUAUGGCUUGGGUGCGUAUAAUCAACGAGUAAUUAGCCUUUGUGGAUCAUCAGGGUUGUAAGGCUUCUUAAUUUGUGGCAUUGGAAAGGUUGGCUGCCACAGCUGUGUGAGUAUUGCGCGAAGAUACCCGUUAUAUUAAUUCUGGAUAUUCAAAAUAUUACAAUUGAGUCAUUCGCUUCA